UAUUAUGUUUGAAAUUUAGCUUGUUGGGUCGGGUAUAAAUCUGUUCAUUUCAGGUAUGAGUUCUUCGAAUUCUCAACAUUUGGAUCUAAGUAGGUAUUUGAUUUUUUUUUAUUCGGGUCGAUUUUUUUUGAUUCAUGAUCAUUCUAACUUUUUUAUAUUAUAAAUCUUAAAUAAUAUAUACAACAUGUAUAUAAAAUAUAUAAAUCAAAAGAUAAAUCCGCGCAGGCGCGCGGGUCAUGAUCUAGUUAGCUUUAAACAAAAAGGAAAUCACGGAAUUUAAUGACUGCCCAAAUGUUGAUUUGGCAUAAUCGUAACGAUCUUGAAGUUCAUGAUCUUUGCAAUUUCCAUAAGAUUGUGAUAUAUUUUCGGAAGCAUAAAAAAUAGUAUAUAGUAGUUUAGAUUAUGCAGGUAAUUAGCACAGAAAUUGUAAUUAUGCUAUAGAUUAGGGGAUAUUUCCGGAAACUAAAUAGCAAAAGGAAAUCGCAGAUAGUAAAAGACUUAAAUGAAUUACGAAACUAAAGAUUUGGCUUAUUCGUAGCAGACUUGAAUCAUUCAACUCAUAAUACUACUCUCCUGAACUUCAGGUCAAAUGCAACUGAAAUUUGAUAAACAACACAUAAGAACUCCAUGAACAAGAAUAGAAGAAAAACAAAGGAUAGAAACAGAAAUGGGAUCAAGGUUUCAUGCUUUUAUGUUCCCAUGGUUUGGUUUUGGUCACAUGACAGCAUUUCUGCAUCUGGCUAACAAACUAGCUGAAAAAGGGCACAAAAUCACGUUCUUGCUCCCCAAGAAAGCUCUGAAGCAGCUGGAACCUCUAAAUCUGUUCCCAAAAUGCAUUGCAUUUCACACUCUUACCAUCCCUUCCGUGGAUGGUCUCCCUGAUGGCGCCGAAACAACCUCGGAUAUUCCGAUCACGUUAGGGAGUUUUCUGGCCUCGGCUAUGGAUCGCACACGCGGUCAGGUCGAAGAAGCGGUUCAGUUAGCAUGUGUGGCUAUCUCAUUUGUCCCUGGUCGUAGUCCAGAUGACUUGGCUAUACCUCCUCCGGGGUAUCCUUCAUCCAAGGUGUUGCUUCAUGGACAAGAAACAAACUUUUUGUCAUUUCUAUCCUAUCCCUUUGGUGAUGGAGUAACGUUUUACGAACGUAUCAUGACAGGGCUUGUGAACUGUGAUGUCAUAUCGAUAAGGACUUGCCGGGAAAUGGAAGGAAAAUUUUGUGAUUUUAUUGAAAAGAAAUUUCAAAGAAAAGUUCUCUUGACGGGUCCAAUGCUUCCUGAGCCGGACAAUAGCAAGCCACUCGAAGAUCAAUGGAAUCACUGGUUGAACCGGUUCGAACAAGGAUCAGUAGUAUAUUGUUCACUUGGCAGCCAAAUCAUUCUUGAUAAGGAAGAAUUUCAAGAACUUUGUUUAGGAAUGGAGCUGACCGGUUUACCAUUUCUUGUAGCAGUAAAGCCACCAAAAGGCGCAUCUACAAUCCAAGAAGCCUUACCAAAAGGGUUCGAAGAGCGGGUUAAAGAGCGUGGAGUGGUUUGGGGAGAAUGGGUGCAGCAGCCACUGAUAUUGGCUCAUCCAUCAAUAGGUUGCUUUGUGAGCCAUUGCGGGUUCGGGUCAAUGUGGGAGUCUCUAUUGAAUGACUGCCAAAUAGUGCUUAUACCACAUUUGGGUGAACAAAUAUUCAACACCAGGCUAAUGAGUGAGGAACUUGGGGUCUCAGUGGAGGUGAAAAGAGACGAAACAGGAUGGUUUUCAAAGGAGAACAUAAGCGGGGCCGUCAGGUCUCUGAUGGAUAAAGACACCGAGCUAGGGAACCUAGUGAGGAGGAACCAUGCCAAAUGGAAGGAGUCUAUACUUAGCUCUGGAAUAAUCAGUGGUUAUGUCAGUAAGUAUGUAGAAGAACUGGAGAAACUAGUCUAAAUGGGGACAAAACAUGAAAUAAAUUGCUUUGCAAAGGAAACUUGGUUAGUCUUUUUUUUUCUUGUUAAUGGAUGUCAAAUCGCUUGACUUAUUAUGCUAAUUUUGUUAAACAAUUUAUGAGUCGACUCUUGCAUUUUUAAUGAAAGAUGACCAUUUUCCAUC